UUUAAAGCUGCAUAAUACUCCAUUGUGUAAAUGUACCACAUUUUCUUUAUCCAUUUUUUGUUAAGGGACAUCUAUAUUAUUUGCAAUUUCUGACUAUUAUGAAUAUAGCAGCAAUGAACAUGUUUGAUCAAGUGGUAGACACAUUUGUAUUCUUACAUAUACAGAUGUGGGAAUGUGCAUGUAGGGCCUGAGGUUGAUGUCAGAAAUCACCCUCAAUCCAUCCCAUCAUUCUUUCAUCUUAUUCAUUGAGGCAAUAUCUGCCAAACAAAACCAGAGCUCACCAGCGUGGCCUGUCUUGCUAACCAGCUUGCUUUAUGGAUGCUCUGUCUCUGCCUUCCCAGGUGAGAAUUAAAGAUGAACCAACAUACCUACCCAGCAUGUAAAGUGACUUCUGGGUAUCCUCACUCCACUUCUCACACUUGUGUGGCAAGUACUUUCACCACUGAUUAGUGUCACCCACCCCAGAUUUCAUUUUUUCAUGAAAAAUAGUUAUAGUUUUCCAUCUGAUAUUUAAUUCAAACCACUAUUUCCAGUACCAUUCCAAUGCAUUCUUUUUGCACUAUAACUUCUUAAAUAAUAAGGUUUUUUUUCAAGUAAAUUAUAAUUAAGAAGAAAAAAAGACAAGGAAUUAAAUGAAAUAAAUAUCUUUCCCCAAAUGUAUAUGUUGCAGCUCUAAUGUGGUAUGAUAGCAACAGAAGAUGGGAUGUGGAGGGUAGUGAUGCCAUAAGGGGAGCCCUUGUGAGUGAGAUCACUGCUCUUAAAAAAAGCCAUAGAACCAGGUCACUAUAUUCUGCCAUGUGAUGGCUAAGAGAGAAGAUAGUUACAGUUCAAUACAAAGCUCCCAUCAGAACUCAUCCCUUUUCCACUCUUGAUCAUGGUUUUACAGCAUCUGGAAUUUUCUGUUGUUUGUUAACUAUCUAGUCUGUGGUACUUUCUUAGAGCAUCUCUGACUUGGACUAAGAAUAGUCAGCAAAGCCUUCAUAGACAUCAUGGCAGACACAUUCUGGCUUAGCCUGAGCAAUUCUAUUUCUUAGUGAUUUUACAAAAUGAUAAUGACCUAUCUAGUUUUUAUGUAGCUUUGGAAACAAACCAAACAACAUUAUCUAACAUAUAUAAAUAUCUAAGUAUCCAAAGCUAGAUUAGUAUUCUGGAAUGUUCAUUUUGCAUGAGUCUUCAAAGCCAUAACUCUGCUCAUUUCAGUAAUCUACCAUCUUAGGGACAAAAGACCCCUCUGGCUGAGUGCCCAUCUGUGACACAAGGCCAGUGCAAUCCUACAAAUUGCCUAACCUCUCUACACAUAGGCUUGGUCACCUGUAAACUGUACAUAAUGUGUGCCUUGCAAAGAAUUAAAUAACAGACUAAAAUUGAAAGACUUUUCCCAAUCCCUGACCUGUUCAGUGGCUCAGAAAGCCAAUGGCCUUAAAGAAAUGUUCCUUGCUCACUCACUAAGCCAAGCUGUACUCUGGGAAAGGGUUGACUUUUAUGGCUGCUGGCAUGAGGCUGUAUUAUGUGUUCAUGACCUGUCCUAAUUUGUCCUUUCAAAGUGUUUGCAUUUGCCCUGUGACUUCAUCCAGAGUAAAAUAAUUUUCUAAAUAUGAAUGUUCCCACAUGACACCAAUUAUCCAGAGGUUGUUUCUUUUCUUUGCCUUAUUUUGGAAUAAGUUCAAAGGAAGGUAUAUUCAGGGACUAACACUGUGAGAAAUCCUCUCUCAAGCCUACCCAUCCCACAGGUUCUGCCCACAGUGAGAUGAACUGCUUUGGACUUUGGUAUAAAAAAAGGAAAGAAAUAAAAAAGAAAGAAAGAAAUGCUGUGGGUAUCUGCUUAGACCACUUUGUAGGAAGAGACUAAGGGAACAGGAAGAAACAGGUGCUCAAUGAACAGGAUGGCAGGGGUUCUUUCCAUGCCUGGAGGCAGUUGGGCUGUUAGGAAAUCCUGUGCUAAUUGACAGUGAUUUGAGAAUUAAUGAAAAGACUGGACAAGCUAUAUUUAAAAAGACUGCCUAGGGCACACCUGUGACCGUGAAUCAACAUAUUGAAAAGAGAAUAGGAAGGUUGUACAACAAAGUAGUUGGAAGAGUUUGGCUAAGUACUUUCCUUACCCUGUCUUAGGUUCAGUUCUCUCAACUGGAAAAUGAGGAGAGUCACAGUAUUUAUUCUCAGGAAUGGAGUGAAUUCAGAAGACAUAAAACAUGUAAAUCUCUUAGCCCAAUGUCUGACCCACAGUACAAACUCAAUAAGGCUGUUAGUAUUCAUGUUGCCUUGCUUUAGUUCUUUCACUUUCUCUCCAUUUGGCAAGGUGAAAUAUGUUUAAGAGUAUUUAGAGUCAUUGAAUUGGUACUAUAAUUUCUGUAACACUUAGAAUCACCUAAGAUACAGGAUAAUACUUAUCAGGAGAAAUAUUUAAUUGUGUAAUUUUGUAAUGGGUGGUUACACCCAUUGAAACUUCCAUUUUACAUGUCAAAUCAUAGGCUAAUGGUGAAAUAUGAUCACCAGUGUACACUGCUCUUAGCUUACCUGGCUAUGGUGAUAAUUCUUAACAGAAAUCAUAAAAUCCAUUUUCAGGAAGUAAAAAGAGGGAAAAUAGGAUUUAACCUUUUUUGGUCUUCUAUUACAGUAUAAUUUUGAGCUCAUACUCUACAUUUAAGUUUAAUAAUUCUUAGAAUAUACUUUGCUUAGUGUCCCACUGUAUUUCCAGGACUCUUUCUGUUACAGAUCUGGCAGAAAUGAAGAUGUUCUAAAGAGACACUUGUCUGUCUUUCAAUCUACCAGACAAUUGAAACAAUGACUCAAUAAAAUGUGAAUUUCCCCCAACAAUCUCAUGCUGGGAGAAGAAAAAGGCCCCUGACAGAGGGGAACUUGUCUCACUGAAAAGAGAUUUCACAUAAAUCUGUCAACUUGUCAGGCCAAGUCAUUGGCAGAACACACCAAGUCCAGGACUGCUUAGAUAUGCAAAUAUUUGGCCCUCUAUUUGAAUUUUAAUCUCACUUCAGGACCCUGGCGGUUGACUUGAUAGAUUCACUUGUUGUCCUCUUCACCAAUAUGGUCACAGUGAAUAAAUCUCAUUCUUAUGUUUCCCACUAUUAAUGUGAUAAUUUUAAUUGGUUUGCUGAGGAUGGGUGAAUGAAUCUGCUUUAGGGUACCAGCUCUGAGCCCAAGCUUGAUAACAUUCCCGGUGAAAAAGUUUUUAGCAUCAUCUAUUUAGUUCAACCAAGUUAGGGAGAACAUACUGAGAAUGAGUCACUGUUAGACAUUUAUUAUUCAUAUCUCCUCAUUUGAUUCUGCCCAUUGAAUCUUUAUGAUUAUUUAGGCAAGGAGCAAGAUUUUUAUUUGGGGUAAUGUGUACUAUCUAACAUGAAUUCCUACUUCUCUAGGUCAAAGCUACAAAUUAAUCAACUGUUUACACAAAAACACAGCACUUAUCUCAAAAGAACUAAGAGGCAGCUUAUUCUGAAACCAAAUUUGAGUAAUUAUGGCCUGGGAACAUAUAUUUUGGUCUCCCCAAUUGCAAUGGUCCAAUGUGGGAGUGAUUUCAUAGAGAUUUUAUAGUACCAGAACAGUGAAGGCAACAACUUCAGGUAUUUUUAAGAUACAUUGGUCGAAAAAUCAACUACAGGCCUCAACUAUGCUAUCUGAUAGCAUUCUUAGCCCUUCUAUUGGUAAAGAAUAAGAUUUCACUAAGCUAAUGCAUGCCAAGGGUUGUUGUCUGUUUCUCAGAAUGCUGUGUUCAGUUUUAUCUUCUAGUUACAGGAUGCUAGAUCUGACACAGAAGUAGGCAAGGAAUAUUACAUGGUAGGCUCAUGAUUGCCUGAGAUAAAUUAAAAUUAGGGUCUGACGUUGCAACAUUCCUACCUCUCUAUGUUCUCUGAAGUUGUAAUCAGUCUAUUACCCUUUGUACACAUAGUUUCUUCCUAGGGAUUUUUACUCACCCUGCCCACCUGCCCAUCAUUCAGUUAUAUUCAUUGCAGUGUAAUGUUAAGUCCUGUGUUUUCUUAACCUCUCCUGUUCCAAAGUUUAAUACUGAGAGCCCGGGAGUCAAAGCCGCUUGUCAACGCAGUCCUGUCCCGCAGUCCUCUGCCUUUUCUUUUUCUUUCAACAUGACAGAUGCCGCUGUAUCCUUCGCUAAGGACUUCUUGGCAGGUGCAGCGGCCGUGGCCAUCUCCAAGACGGUGGUAGCGCCCGUCCAGCGGGUCAAGCUGCUGCUGCAGGUGCAGCAUGCCAGCAAGCAAAUCAAGGCAGAUAAGCAAUACAAGGGCAUUAUAGACUGCGUGGUUCAUAUCCCCAAGGAACAGGGAGUCCUGUCCUUCUGGCGUGGUAACCUGGCCAAUGUCAUCAGAUACUUCCCCACCCAGGCUCUCAACUUUGCCUUCAAAGAUAAAUACAAGCACAUCUUUUUGGGUAGUGUGGACAAGAGGACCCAGUUUUGGCGCUAUUUUGCUGGGAACCUGGCAUCAGGUGGUGCCGCUGGGGCCACAUCCUUGUACUUUUUGUACCCUCUUAAUUUUGCCCGUACCCAUCCAGCAGCUGAUGUGGGCAAAGCUGGAGCUGAAAGGGAAUUCAAAAGCCUUGGUGACUGCCUGGUUAAGAUCUACAAAUAUGAUGGGAUUAAGGGCCUGUAUCAAGGCUUUAAUGUGUCAGUACAGGGCAUUAUCAUCUACCGAGCUGCCUACUUUGGCAUCUUUGACACUGCAAAGGGAAUGCUUCCAGAUCCCAAGAAUACUCACAUAUUCAUCAGCUGGAUGAUUGCACAGUCUGUCACUGCUGUUGCUGGCCUGACUUCCUAUCCCUUUGAAUAGGAAGAAGCAAAGUGCUAGAGAGGCGCACAGAGGUCAACAAAGUAACCCCACAAUAGACUACUGGCAAUGAAAGAAAGCCCGAACUUACCUGCUCCGGUGAUAGGAUGGCCAAACACCCUAAUUGUCGUGCUAGAAACCCCAUCCAAUGACUGAGGGAACCAGAUGCAGAGAU